UGUCAGAAAAACUUUAAAUCAAACUAUGAAAGCAGGUGUACCAUAGCUAAUAAAUACGUUGUUGGCAAUGUGGGAAGCUGUGGAAAGAAAUAAAGACUUGCAACUAACAAUCACAGCAACACUUUUUGGUUCUGGAAUGAGGUGGUGGCUGGAUAAUAAACACCGGUAUUGUUUGCGAUGGCGGGGAAGGCAAACAGAGAGUGGAAAGUUUUUCCACUCGUGAAAUCGAAGGAAGAAAAGAAGAGGACAAUUAUUGUAGGCUUAAAGUCAGAUAACUAUAGCAGAGAAAUGCUCCUGCGUUUUCUCCAAAAAGUUGUCAAUCCAAGGGAAAAUGUGCUUGCUAUACAUGUUCGAGAACCAUCUGAUAGUUUCGAUCCAAACACCUUCUAUAUCCAAGAAGAUAUCUGCAAGGCCAAGCAGGUGGAUUUCCUAGUUAAGGUUUGCAAUGGGGACUCUUACAUUUCAGAAUUAGGCUAUCAAGUACGCGUCAACUAUGCAACAGUCCUAGCAGUUGGAUGCAGCCUUUCAGGAAUCAAACAAUCAGUCGUCAAUGAUUGCUUAAAAGAGUUGCCCCCAACUUGCAGCUUUCUGGUGAUGGAUAAGUCUGGAAAAAUCGUACUCCAGAGGCAAGGUACCUCUCAACAAGGCUCGAUUUAUGCACCCUUUCGACAUCCUCUAUCGUCUUCAUCAGAAAAAAGUUACUUUCAUCAACAGAGAGCUGCCUCCCAGUUACGAAAAUCAUUGACUGUGCCAUCUUCCUCAACAGCAUCAUCAAUACAGCAAACAGAUAUUACAGCUAGGCGCAAUAUCAGGAAGGCAGUCCAGGUUCCAGACUUUUGGGCAGAAAAGGUGUCUCAUGGAUUGCUUAUCCUGGAAGCUAAGGGACUUGUCAAGCAUUUCACAUUUCAAGAGCUCAAUUUAGCUACUAAUAAUUUCAGCCCUGAAUUGGUGAUUGGAGUAGGUGGGCACAGUAAAGUGUAUCGAGCCAACCUCGUGGAUGGUCAGGCUGUAGCCGUGAAAAUCCUGAAAGAAACACGAUUUCCAGCAGAGGAUCUUCUCCACGAAGUGCGGAUUCUAUCUGACAUAAAACAUGAGAACAUAAUCCAGAUAAUUGGGUACUGCUACAGUAAGGAGAUGCAUGCAAUUGUAUAUAAUCUACUAAUAGGUAGUUUAAAGAAAAAUUUGAGACAACUCAAGUGGAAUGAGCGGAUGGGAGUUGCUGUUGGUGUAGCUAAGGCACUUGAGUACCUUCAUCAUUCUUUCAACCCUCCAAUAAUUCAUAGAGAUGUGAAGUCAUCUAACAUUCUCCUCUCUGGCACUUGCCAGCCUCAACUUUCAGAUUUUGGAGCAGCAAUGGUAAACCAACCAUCAGAACAUAUUUCAGAAAGCACAAAGCCAAUCAAAAUUGUUGGGACUUUUGGAUACUUGGCUCCAGAGUACAUGAUGUAUGGGAAAGUGGAUGAGAAGGUUGAUGUUUACUCAUAUGGGGUUGUACUCCUGGAACUUAUCACCGGGCGGGAGGCUACUCAAACAAACGAGGCAAAUCAUGAAAGCUUAGUUCUAUGGGCAAGGUCUUUACUGAACUCUGGUCUAUGUGAACGUCUCAUUGAUCCCCGCCUGAAUGGAGACUACAAGAGAGAAGAGAUGGAAAUCAUGAUUUCUGUAGCACGCCUGUGCCUUGUACACUCAUCUUCUAGGAGUCCAACGAUGAAAAUGAUAUUGAGGCUAUUUCAGGAGCCAGAACACUGGUUAAAUAUGCAGAGGGAGAGAGACAAACUCCGCAUUGCUAUCACGUCCAAAGAAGAAAAGUUCACCUGGAGAAUGGACGACUCCACCUCGACUGCCAUAAGUACACUGCCCGUGGAUGAUUCAUACAUUGAAAUAUUGCCAUCUGAAGCACCGGAUUAGCUAGCAUCUAAUAUCUCAGUCACCUCGAAAUCAUUUCCAAGUUGGUUCUCCUAGUAAAGAGUGCUUCAGCUGACAUCAAAGUUCUCAACACAGAGGAAGCAUCCAAGCUGCUGUAAUAUAAAUAUAUGUUUUACAAACUCCUCACCAUAUUUAUCAGAUAUGUACUUCCACUCAAGGGAAAAGGGAAAGACAACGUCAAUGAGCCCAAUCCUAGCAGGCUUAUAAUUGAGCCCAUAUGUAUCUCUUACAGAAAUUGAAACCGAGAUCCAUACUCUCUG